AUGGAAGGAGAUCGACUCACGCUCCGCUCCCUCUUGCCGCUCAGGCUUCUCCUCUCGUCCUUCGCGCGCGCAACAUGACUUUCCGCGGGCUUUAUGGGGGGCGGCUCAACUCCACUCCGUUCGCCAUGCCCCCCUUCGACGCCGCUGGGAGCCGGGACAAAGGCAACGGCAGCGGGACCUUCGCGGAGCAAUGCGGCUCCGUCUCGGUGGCUUUCCCUUUGACCAUGAUGAUCACGGGCAUGGUGGGCAACGGCCUGGCCAUGCUGCUAGCCUACCGAGCUUACCAGAAGAAGGAGAACCUGCGGAAGAGGCCGUUCUUGCUGUGCAUUGGUUCUCUGGCCCUGACGGACCUUGCCGGGCAGCUGCUGACCAGCCCCGUGGUCAUCACAGUAUACUUGGCCAAUCGGAAAUGGCACGCGGUGGACACUUCCCAGAACCUGUGUGUCUUUUUUGGCUUGGCCAUGACCGUUUUUGGUCUUUGCCCUCUCUUCAUUGCAAGUGCCAUGGCCGUGGAAAGGGCCCUGGCCAUCCAGGCCCCCCACUGGUACACAGGCCACAUGAAGACCAAGUUGACCAAGAUGGUGCUACUUUGUGUGUGGCUGACUAGUUUUGCCUUUGCCCUCUUGCCCAUGAUGGGCAUUGGGGAGUAUACACUUCAGUGGCCGGGCACUUGGUGCUUCAUCAGUAUAAAGGAUCAUGAAAAUGCUAGGGUGGGCAAUGCUGUUUUUGCUUCUACGUUUGCUUUCUUGGGACUCUUUUCCCUCACUGUUACUUUGGCAUGCAACAUGGCAACCAUAAUUUCACUGGUGUGUCGCUGCUGGUCCAAGAGCUCAACAUCCCGAUCAAGGAAGCAGUGGGGCAGGAUUACCAUGGAAACCUUUAUCCAGUUGCUCGGAAUCAUGUGUGUCCUUCUUGCUUGUUGGUCCCCACUUUUGGUGACAAUGUUGAAAGUGACUUUUAACCCCAACCCAAUGAAUCAAUGCAGAGAAUCCUGU